CUGGGGUGAAUAUUCAACUUUGUUACAGGAAUGUGAAAUUGGCAAUUUAGCAAUUGCUUAUGUCCAUUAAGUUAAUGGGUGAAAAACCCGACGAACUGGGAGGACUGUAACCGCAAACAAGGAGAAAUGUCACACGUUUCUGGGAUUUCCUGCUGACAUCUUGAGAUGCAUACAUGGUGUAAGGCCCGGAGUUAUUACCGUCGUUAGGUUUAUCUAAGUAUGUCAACUGGUGCUGCCCGGGUCGGUGGAGGCUGCAGGCACGAGCUACUAUUCCGGUUGAAGUUCCGACACUGCAGCGGCAACGAUCGUGGAGACUCAUUGGCGGAUGCUGAAGCGUGUCGGGUUCUCCCCGUCGCUGCCCAAGGGAUGACAGCCGUACGCCGUGGGAAAUUCCGCAUAUUCAUAGGUGGAAGAGGUUCACACUCCGCAGCGAAAAAUCGUGAGCACCUGCUCGCGAUUCCCCAGCCAACUACCGAGUACGAAAUACCGCUAUCGCCAAUCCUAUGUCCGAUAUCAAUAUGGGGGAAGUCCCGGCGGCCCAUGAGUCCCCGACCGCUUCCCCCCGGGAGCCCAUCACCCCGAAAUGACCGCCCAAACGACCGAGACCUGAGACGCCGAAGAAAGCUAUACAGCCUCCCUUCACCCCCAAGAACUGGCAACUGCCCAGCCAACCUGACCGGGAUACACCCCCUGCGUCCCCUUCCUACGAAACCCCCCAAAGCCAAUUGGGCCUAGAACUCCAAAGUCACAUUGCAGCUGCAGUGGCAUCACGCACAGCAGAGAUAAAAACCACAGGAGAGGAAGUCCUAGGGCUUGUUUCUACAAUAAGCCAGAAGGUCCUGAGCUGGGAGGAAAAGAGCCUUAGAGGAGCAGCAUCCUUGGGCAAAGAUCUCAGGACUCUGGUCCUCAAUUUCAGCAAGAACCUGGCAACUGGGGACCCCACCAAAGAGGAAGAGAAUCACUGACCCUCUCCCUUGUUUGAGAGCCUCAGGCUCCAAUAUGCCCCACUCCUGAUUGGCC